AUGAUAAAUAAUCGACCUUUAUAUUUACAAAGUGAUUUAAUAUGUGAAUUGACACAUAAACUAAAUGGACCAAUAAUAAAUGUCAACUGUCAAGAAACUUCAAUUACUCAACAACAGUGGUUUCCAUUAUUUUCUAUAAACACCUUAACUCUGAAUGUAAAUAUGCAAAUAAAUCUUACUGAAGAAACUGAAUAUAAUGGUGAAUUUAUAAAAUUUGAUGGAAUAUCCGAAACGGAUUUUGAAGUACCCGAUAAAAAUCACACAUUAUUGGUUAAUAAUUUACUUAUAGAAAAUAAUAUCACAAAUCAUAAUUAUAUUAAUAUGAUAAUGAACACACCUGACAAAUUUAGUUAUUUUAUUGAACAAUUAAAGUGUUUAACUUAUGAACAAUGGAAAAUAGUAUACAAUUCAUGGGAAGAAAGUAUUCGAACAAGAGAAAUUAGAUAUUUUCUUGAAAAUGUUAUGUUGGAGGUUCAAACUGAAUCAUCGAUAAUCUUUAUCAUAAAUCAUUUUAUUGUUAACGCAAAAAAUGAAUAUAAACAACUUAAAUGGAUUAACUAUCUUAGUAUAGUAAAGAAACCAUCCAUUGAGUUCAUGAAAGAGAUCAAGAGCUUGUUAACAGAUGAUUUAUACAAUCAUACAGUUUAUUAUGUCAGUUUAAGUAUAAAGCGUUUUGUGAAAAUCAUCCAUCAUUCAUUAAAAACCCUCCAGACUGUUGCAAACAUUGGUAAAAUUUUAUCUUCUCAAAAAAUCAUUUCACUUUUUCAAAAAAUUUUAAUUGAUUAUAAAAUGGAAUAUAAUGAUAAUUUACGAUUAUAUUUUGGGCAAAUAAUUGAUCAUUUUCGAUGUGAACAAAAUGUAGAUAAUAUUCUAUGGAAUGUAUUUUUAAAUACUACUGAAUCAAAUGAAUUAAGGAUUACAAUUUUUAAUUCGUAUAUUAACUGUUUAACGGAUGAAAAAAUGAAAAAAAUCAUGAAAAUUUUAAAUAAAUCUUUAGAUAUUCAAAUUCGAUCAUAUAUGAUAUGUAAACUGGUUAGUUUAUUCAAAACACAUGAUCCUUCUAAAAAGCAUUUACAAUUAAUAGUUUAUAAAUAUGAAAAUGAAAUUAUUCAAUUAAAUAAAGAUAAUGGAUUUCUCUUUAUCAUCAGAAAUUCUGGAUAUUAUGAAUGGAUUCAAAAAACCAAAUAUGGUAACUUCUUUGUAGAAUUAACAAUAAUAUACGAAUCAUACAGUAUAUUACCGAACACUAUUAGGACGAAAUUAAAAUAUCAAAAUAAAGCGAAAUUAUCUAAUAUUAUCGAUGUUUUAUAUCAAUAUGGCAGUGAAACAUUCCUUUACAAAUUUCUAAUCAAUCUAAUCAAAACAAUCACAUCAACUUAUGUUCCAUGGAUGAAAGACUAUACAGCAAAUAUUUAUAAUCAGACUCAAACGUUGAGAAAAUAUGAUUCGAUUUUCAUCAAAUGGUUUGAUGAGGUUAUAUUUCACUCAUCAAAUAUAAGUUAUCAAAUUCAGAAUUGGUUUACUACUGAGAAGACUAUCUUGAGUCAACCAAUCAAACUGAAUCAUGCAAAACAUCUAUGGAAAUCAAAAAAUGAGCAACCAUUAUUAAGUGGAUUCUAUAUUGAGUGGAAAACAAAUGUUAUUUCUUAUAUGAAUUCCUAUAUGAAUAGUGUGUACAGUUUGAAUCCAUAUCAGUUUUCAUUAUUCAUAAAUCACAAAUCAAAAUUUUAUACUUCUCAAACAGUACAACUUAUGAGUGGAUCCUAUGAAAUUUUUGGUUAUCAAUCGGAUAAACAAAUUGAUUGGAAUUUUCAUUUAAAUAAUAGUUUUAAACUUGCCACUGUUUCUAAUUUGUCAAUGGAAAUGUUAUUUGAUCCAUGGAGUUAUAAUUAUGAAUUAUUUAAAUACAUAAAAACUGAUUUUUUCAUGAAAAAUGGUAAACCAUAUAUCAAUUCUCAAUCAUCAAUAUUAAAUCAUUCAAUAGAAACAACACUUCAUCCUUUUAAUUGGUUACAUUUAAAUAUUGAAAGAUUAUGUAAUUCUGAAGACAAAUACUUAUCUAUCCAAUGGUUUCAAAUCAACAUAAUUGAAAUUAAAGGAUUUUUAUUACAAUUUAAUUAUUUAUCUACUAGUCAUGAAGAAACAAAAAACAAUCUAACUAACAUUAAUCAUUUUUUUAUUCAUCGAUUAAAUGUAUCUAUGCAACAGAAUCAUAAUUUACAAAAUAAUAUUUUCCAAUUCAAUAUUAAGAUAAAAUAUCAGAAUAAUAAUUUACAAUAUGUUGAUUUAAAUUGUUUAGUAUUUCAGAAAGAUUCAUAUCAUUUACAAAUUGACAUUACUCAAGACGGUUUAAUACAAGCGAUAGGCUACUUUAAUGAACAAAGAAUGAUCAAAGCAAAUGGAAGUUUAGAGGUUCAAGGAAACGAUACAAAUGCAAGGAUACAGCUUCAUAAUCCUUCCAUAUUUUUAAAUGUUAGUUUUAAAAAAUACCACAAUUCUCUUCUCGUUGUACAAGCGAUUAGUCAAGCUGAUCAUUGCCCAUUCCAAUUCAGUUUGAUUAAUUAUGUAAUCAAUCAACAACAUCUUAAAAUGUUAACAAUCAAUUCACUUCAAACAGUAUUGUCUUUGAAUGUAUCCAACUUUUUGAAAAUAUAUUGGAGUAUUAAUUUAAAUUCUACAGAAGAUAAUAAUUUACCUUCAUAUUAUAGUAAAAUGUUAUUCAAUAUAACAAUAUUUCAACAUUUCCUAAUUUAUCAAAGCUCAGUCUAUUGGAAUGAAACUUCAAUUAAUAAUACUAAUGUGAAUACAAAUGAAAAUGAUAAAAAUAUAACAAUUAAAACAAAAGCUGAAAGCUCAGCAUCCAAUCACUUCAAUUUCGAAUGUACCAUCAAUAUGUUUAAAACAAAAACAUUUCUGACUCCGUAUUAUGGACAGCCGACUAAAUUUCAUAUUAAUAUUAAAUUUGUGUCUCCAAAUAAAAAUAGUCUUCGCGAAUUCUCCUUAAUGACUCAUUAUGAGGUUAAUAUUCAGCAAUUAAGGAGUAUUAAAACGUCAGUCACCUCCACUUUUGCCGAUGAAAAGAUUGGUUUCAUUCUAAACAAUCAACUAGAAUGGAAAUUAACUGAUAUUGGAAUGAUAAAUAGAUUAUACAGUACAACUAAUAUUUAUUCUAAAUUAAUGAAUGAAUCUAUUAAAUUAAUUUUAUUACAUAAUAUCGAAAAUCAAUUAUUAUCAUUAAUACUUAUGGAAUAUAAUAAUCAAUAUGAACAAAAAAUUUAUUCUAUUAAAAGUUGGUUACAACCAUGGCGUAAUUUACAUGAAUUUAUAUUACAAUGGCCAAAUUUAAAAUUACUACAAAUUAUAACUAUAUAUGAUAUUAUACCAAUAGAUUUAUAUAGUGGAAUAACAUUAGAUCAUUUAAUUUACUUUAAUCAUAUAAAAUAUUUUAUUAUAAAAAAUCAAAUCAUGUUUAAAUUAGAUGAACAAAAAUUAUCUAUUUUAUAUCAAAUUAAAAGAUUAAAUGCAUCAAAUACUACUGAAUUAACUUCAAUGAUAAGUAAUAUAACACAAAAUGAAGAAAUUAUUUUACAAUUAGAAUUCAUUAUACAAUUAUAUUAUCAUAUCAAAUUAUUACCAUUAUAUAUUCAAAUGAUAUGUGAAAGCAAAAUUCAUUUUUAUUUAUCUAAUUAUAAAAUAAAUAAAAAUAUGAUGGGUAAAUUAAAAUUGAAUAUAGAAAAAUUAAAAAGUGAUAUACAUUUUGAAUUAUUAAAUGAUUAUUUAAAUAAUCAAGUCAAUAAUAAUAUUCAAUUACAAAUGAAUUAUGAUUUUUAUAAUAAAUCAAUAAUUCAUCUAAGUUUUAAAACAAACACACAAUUGAAUAUACAAAAUAAUUUAAUGAUUUAUUGGAAAUCAAUAAAUCGUUCACAAUAUUUAAUCAUAAAUUGUAUGAUUCCAUCAUAUGGUAAAUUUAUUUAUCAUUUUAAACAUAAAUGGAAUCAUAUUUAUUUUUUUGAAGGUUCUAAUAUGUUGUCAAUUCAAUUAUUUAUAAUAAAUAAUUGGUUGAAUGGAUUUUAUCUAAAUAAUAAUUAUAUUUUACAAUUAAAUACAAAUGAAAAGUUAUUUGAAAUAUAUAUUGAAUAUAAUACAAAUAAUUCAUUAGGUCCUGGUACACCAAUACGUAUAAGAAUAAUGUUUAAACAUGAUGAAUAUUAUAAACAUGGUAAUUUAGAAAUUAGUUUAAAUUCACAAUUAAUUGGUUAUUAUAUUGGAUAUGAAAUGAUGAAUAGUAUGAUUCAAUAUCAGUUGGAUACAAGUAAUAAUAAGAAAUCAAUAGAUUUUAUUAGUCAUUGUAUCAUUGGAUAUCGUUUUUACGAAGGUCGUGGUACAAAAGGUUAUCAAAUUGAAUUAUUUAUUAUACAAUAUAAAAAUAAUGAUCAACUUGAUAUUUUAUUGAAAAUUGGACGACCUGGUCUAGUUAAUCAUAAUAUAAUAGAAUAUAAUCAUUUAUUACAAAGGAAUCAAACAAAAUUUCAAAUUUCUACUGUUUAUUUAAAUAAUCCUUAUUUUCAUCUAAAUUUUGAUAUACAAUAUAUUGAGAAUUUAUUAUUACCUAUUUAUUCAAAUAUUAGUCUAUUUAUUCCAUGGAAUCAUUUAAGAUUAACGAUACAAGAACAAUUAAAAAUCAAUAAAUCUUCUUCUAUCAUUUAUGAAAAUCUAUUAAUUUCAAUGAAUCAAUCAACAAUAUUUUAUUAUUUUAAUCAAUCAUUUAUAUAUGAAAAUAAGUUAAUUAAAUCUUUAAAUAUACUUCAGAAUAUAUAUUUACAAUGGAAUACAAAUGUAUACAGUACACAUUAUAGUAUAUUAUCUUAUAAAUCCUUACAAAAUACUAUGAAUACUGAAUACCAUGAGCAAUUUAUAGGUAAUUGGAAUUCAUCUAUCUAUUUAACAUGGAUUCAUAAUCAUUUCAAUAAUAAUUUAAAUAUUUAUUAUAAUUUAACUGAUCAUAUAUGGAAUAAUAGAAUUGAUGGAAAUAUGACUGAAAUCACUAAAAUCAAAUUAAAUACUACUAUAUAUCAAUAUAAUUAUUAUGGAAAUAUUAUCAUUUCAUUUUAUCAUAUUGAUAUUAAACUUAUAAAUGCAACAUAUAUUUCUAAAAAACAAUUACAUAAUUCAAUGAUAAAGAAUUAUAUUGAAUUUAGUUAUUGUCAAAAUCAAACAAUUCAUACUGGAUAUUUAAUAGAAUCUAUAUAUAAACAACAAAGUGGUUUGAUUUCUUAUCAUUUUUAUAAUAAAAUAAAUAAUAAUACAAUUUUAAAUGUUUAUUUAAAAUUAGAAGAUUUUGAUAAUUUUCAGGUUAUUAUAAACAUUAUUCCAAUUAAUUUUACUAAUAUUCAACUUAUUAAUAUUCAAUUAACUAGUAGUAUAUCUGUAAGUAAUAUUGAUUGGAUGUUAAAUGCUACAAUGGAAAUUCAGCCAUAUUUACCUAAAAUUUUGAUGCUAAUCAAAAUAUACCCAAUUAUGUUACAUUUCAAUAAUAAUAAUAAUACAUUACAUGUUCAUUCUAAACCAUUACAAUAUUUUAUUAUAAUGAAAAAUACAGAUAAAUAUAGUGAAUGGAAGCUUUUUAAUAUGUCUUAUAUACAAACAUUUGACAAUGACACUAAUAUGCAAGCUAAAACUGUAUCUAUUCAAUUAAUAACACCAUUAAUAAUAUUGCCUUAUAUUACAGUGACAGUAAAUAAAUCCAUUCAACGUAUAACUACUAAUGAAACAUUGAACAAUUUAAUUGAAUUUAAUCAUACUACUAAUUAUAAUCAGUCAAUUAAUAUCCAAAUGAAUUCAAUACAAAUCAAUAAUAAUAAUUUAACGAUUUUAAUUAAUAUUCAUAAAAAGUAUAAAUUAUUAUUAGAUAUUAGAAAAAUUAUAAAAAAUUCUUUAUAUUGCCAUUUUAUAAAUAUUUCAUUAUUUAAUAAACAAAAACAAUUAAAUAAUUUUGUACAAACUUUCGAAAUAAAUCAAUUAAAUAAACAAUUUAACAUUUAUCAAUUAAAACAACAUUUACAAAUACUCAAUAAUAAUAAUGAUAGUUGUUAUUAUAAUUUAUUAUUCAAUUUAAUUCAUUCAAAUGAAGACAAAAAUAAUUUGUUUAAUUUAUUUAAUUUACAUUUUAAUUCAAAUAUACCAAUAUUAAUUAAAGAACAAAUAAAUGAAAUGAAUAUAUAUUUUGAAAAUAAUAAUAGUAUUAUUGAUAAUCAGAUUAGUUUUAAAACAAUAUUUAAUUAUUCAUUAAAUUGUAUUCAAUUAAUUUAUUAUCAAUUACAAAUUAAAUUAAUUAAAAGUAACUAUUUAUUAUUAUUUUUAAAAUAUGAAAUAUAUUCAAACAAUAAAUGGAUGAAAUUUAAACAAAAUCAAAAUUGUUUUGUCGAAUUUCAUAUUUAUAAACAAUCUAAUUAUUCAAUUAUAUUUAAUUAUAAUGAAAAAUAUUCAAUCAUAAAUUAUGAUGUAUCACAGUCCUUAUUUAUAUUGAACAUUGAAAAGUUUAUAUUUUUUAAAACAAAUAUCAUGAAAUUUAUUUUAUUAUUAUUAUAUAAUACUACUAAUCAUUUGAAUUAUACAAAACAAAAUAUACAACAGAUUACCAAUAAAACUUUAUUUAUAAAUAAUGAAAAUAAUUUAAUCGAUUUUAUUGUAAUGAUUCCAAAACUUAUUGAUUUCAUACUUAAAUUUCAAUUAUAUAAUACUAUUGAAUUUCAACAAAUUUAUCAAAUUUCCAUAAUAAACAUGAAUGUAUCUACUAAUUUAUCAUUUAUUCCAUCUAUCAAUUAUAUUAUUUCAAUGAAGAAACAAAAUAUUUCAUUCAAACAAUUAAUAACCAGCUUGGAUUAUUAUGGAUGUAUUAAGAAUUUAUUAUAUAAUGGUAAUAUUAAUCAAUCAAAUCUUAUAUCACAGGCGAAUCGUAUAAAUAACCAAAAUAAAAUUAUGAUAAUCAAAAAAAAUGGGAAAAAAUCAAUAAUUAUUCGAACAUUUUUAAGGAAAUUAACUUAUUCUAUUGAAUCAAAUCAAUUUAUAGUAAAUGAAACGAAUAAUAUUUAUAAAAAUAAAACAAUCAUAUAUGAAUCAAUUAAUAUGACAAAUCUUAAUAGAAAAAAUAAUAUUCGAAUUAAAUUUACUACUUAUCAGAAUUAUUAUAUUCUGUAUACUGGUGAGAAAACAGAUGAACACAUGGAAAGAUUGCAACAUAUUGGUUUUAAUCUAGAAACAAACAUUUUGAAACAAGGUUCUAUAAAUAUUCUAAGCAAAAUAUCCAAAUCUACAGGUAACACUCAGCUGAUAGUAACCAUGAAUCAUGGGUAUAAUUCAACUGCCGAUCAUCAACUUAUUGUUACAUGGCCACAUGUUUUCGAGGAGGAACAUUAUCCUUUAUUAUUUCUAAAAACUUCGAAUAAGUCUUUGAAUCUAACUGUUAGUUACUUCCAACAACCGGGUUUAUUAAAUACAUCUCUUCAGAUUAUAACAAAUGAACACCACACACAAUGUAAAUUCUACUGGAAAAAAUGGAAUUCCAUUCACCUACUGAUUGAAAAUUAUCUGGAAUUCAAUUACAAUCUUAUUUAUCAAAAUUAUAAUAAUAACAUUUAUCAUAUUAAUUAUGAUUACCAUGAUAUUUUUCAAAUAAUCUACCAGUUAUAUAAUCAAAAUAAAUCAUUCAAUUUUAGUUAUAUAAUUUCAAUGAAUUAUCAAGAUAAGAAUAUAUUUGUUAAUAAUGCUGAUUUGUUAGAUAUUAAGUCAGUAAUCGGUUCCAAUGAACACAAUACAAUACUGCAAAUCAAAUUAACCAAGAAUUAUGGUGCCAUGUUACAAGUAAUCAGUCAUCAUCAGUCAAUCAAUCAAAGUAGUUUGAAUGGUCGUUUAAUAGUACACUUAGAUCAUUCAAACAUUCUUCAUUUAUUUUCGUACUGGAGACCAGAAAUAAGUGAAGAUUUAUCAUUAUCUAUGAAUGGAUUACCUAAACAAAUCAAUUCUAUAAUUCAAUUUAGUUUUUCUAAAAUAUAUCAGUAUGGACAACAAUUCAUUAUUAUGUUUACAAAUAAUUUAAUGAAUUCUAUAGAUCAAAUAAAAUUUAAUCAAUCUAUUAAUAUAAUUUAUUCUGAUUUAGAAUAUACUACUUAUUUACUUAUAUAUUGGAUAAAUAAUGAAUCUGUUUUUAUUGAAUCAAUCAAUAUUCCAAUAAUUAAAAAUAUAUUAUCAAUGAAUUUAAAUAUAAAAAAAUUAAAUUUUCUGGAAAAAUGGCAUGGAUACAAUAAAAUGUUCAAUAAUUUAAUUCAAUCUAAAUUCAAUUUAAUAAAAUAUUUUGAUAACAUUUAUAAACAUUUAAUGAUAUAUAUAGAAUCGAAUACACAACAUAAUUCUUUCGAAAAAUUAAUAGACAAUAUUAAUCCAUUUCUUAAUUAUUUGGUGAAUAAAACGAUCGAGAAAUCAGAAGAUUUUUCCAAAGAUUCAAUUAAAGGUUUAAAAAUAAGCUUCAAUGCUUUUGAUGCUUUUUGGUAUUCUGUGGUCGAAAUCUACAAUAUAUGGAUAAAAAUGCCAUCAAAGAUCAGUGAAAAUAUAUACAAUCUCCUUGUUAAUGAUGCGAGAAAUUCUGCGAAACUAGAAAAUAUUACAGUUUAUUUAAAACAGGUGAAUGAACGAUUAAAAAUCUCUUAUAGUUUAUUUGAAAGCAUUCGAAACAAUGUUAGCACUAUAGGGCAAUGUGCCAGUGAUGGAAUCAGUGAACAAUGGUGGAAUGAAAAUUCCAAUUAUGAACAACUGAAUCAGUUCAUCCAACUAAUUAAACAGAAGGAAAUAGAAGAAUCUUACACGAUACUAUUCAAACCACAUUUGCGGACUUUCACCAAAUCAAUGGAUAAAAAUCAAUAUUAUUUUAAAAUAUAUAUUCCACAGUUAAUCAAGAUAUUUACCUACUACGUACCGAAAAUUUGGCCUUAUUACCUACAGAUCUUAGAAGAACAAUCAAAAAUGAAAUCACAAGUAAAUCAACUAACAACAGAAUCUAACAAUUUUGUAUAAACAAUAUUUCUUUUUUUAUUAUAAAUAUCAUAAUGGAAUGUUUUUUUUCUUCUUCCUUAAUCCUAAUGAUAAAUAAUAAAUUCAUACUACUGUUAUGUACAUAAUACAAAAAAGAAUUGACAAAAUAUUUGUGAACUUAUGA